AAAGAAAAUAAUAGGGUGUCAAUAAGUAAGACCUAAAACCCUCCGAAUGGCCACCUCAACCGCCGCCAGAUCUUUUUUCCGGUCAUGCGCCGGCCGAAGCUGCGCCUCAGCGGCACGGUUCGCCACUGAAGCGAAAACUGCGCGCCCACCGUUUCGCAUCGGAGCCAAGCAACCUACAUCAUCUCCCGCUCUCAGGUGUCCUGUUGAAUUGAGCUUCUGUGUGGAGUCGAUGCUGCCUUACCACACUGCCACAGCUUCGGCUUUGAUGACUUGCAUGCUUUCCAUCACUCGCCGCAGUUACGGCUGGCUUCCAGAAGCUUGCAAUGAUGAUGAAUGAUGAUGGCUGAUGAAUGUUUCAAGGAUUCAAGGAAGUUUUAUCUACUUAGUCUUCAGUCUAAGGCAGUGACUGCUGGUAAUACAGGAUUUUUUUUUAUGAGAUGCAGAAGAGACAAGUUGCAUGUCCUGAGCUUUUAAACCUAGAUCAACUAUAUAAUUGGUUACUUUUCUCUAGGCAUAAACAUAAUUUUUUCUUUUUCUUCCUGUUUUGAGACGCUCAGUAUGUAUCCCAUAGACCUAACAUUUGAAUGUCACAUUAUGUAAUUUCCUUUGUAAUGAUGUUUAUGACCAAAGAUUAAUGCUAAUAUUACAUUC